UUAGCAGAGAUCAGUCCGCAAACAUGCUCUGGAAACUAGUAGAAAAUGUCAAGUAUGAAGAUAUUUACGAGACGGUCUCCCAGAUGUUAGUCCAUACGUAUUCAGCUACGGACCGGCACGAUGGAGUUCCAAGCCACAGCUCCAGGCUGUCCCAGCUGGGCUCCGUGUCGCAGGGGCCGUACUCCAGCGCGCCGCCGCUCUCUCACACGCCAUCGUCGGACUUCCAGCCGCCAUACUUUCCGCCGCCCUAUCAGCCGCUUCCGUACCACCAGAGCCAGGACCCGUACUCCCACGUGAAUGACCCUUACUCCCUGAACCCCCUGCAUCAACCCCAGCAGCACCCCUGGGGCCAAAGACAGCGACAGGAAGUGGGAAGUGAAACGGGGUCUUUGCUGCCCCAGCCUCGGGCCUCGUUGCCGCAGCUCUCUGGACUCGACCCCAGGCGGGACUAUGCCUCCGUACGGCGGCCGGACGUGCUCCUGCACGCCGCCCACCACGGGAUCGACUCUGGAAUGGGGGACAGCUUGUCGCUCCAUGGCCUCGCGCAUGGAAUGGAAGACGUGCAGGCCGUUGAAGAUGGCAGUGGGAUGAAUUUACUGGAUCAAUCAGUCAUUAAAAAAGUUCCAGUGCCUCAAAAGAGCGUGGCCUCUCUUAUGAUGAGCAAAGACGGUUUAAUCGGCGGGAUAAGUGUGAACGCGAACGAGGUGUUCUGCUCCGUACCCGGCCGCUUGUCCCUCCUCAGCUCCACCUCCAAAUACAAAGUGACCGUUGGCGAGGUUCAGCGGCGCCUCUCCCCGCCAGAAUGUCUCAACGCCUCGUUGCUGGGCGGCGUUCUACGGAGAGCAAAAUCCAAAAAUGGGGGAAGAUCAUUGAGAGAAAAACUGGAAAAAAUCGGUUUGAAUUUACCUGCUGGUAGGCGCAAAGCCGCAAACGUCACUCUUCUAACGUCACUUGUAGAAGGGGAAGCCGUCCAUUUAGCCAGAGACUUCGGCUACAUCUGUGAAACUGAAUUUCCAACGAAGGCGGUAUCCGAAUAUCUGAACAGACAGCACACGGACCCCAACGAGCUGCAUUCCAGGAAAAACAUGCUUCUGGCGACAAAGCAGCUCUGUAAGGAGUUCACAGACCUCCUGGCCCAGGACAGGACACCCCUGGGUAACAGCCGUCCCUCCCCCAUUCUGGAGCCGGGCAUCCAGAGCUGCCUGUCCCACUUCAGCUUCAUCACGCACGGGUUCGGCUCGCCCGCCAUCUGCGCCGCCCUGACCGCGCUGCAGAACUACCUGACCGAGGCGCUCAAAGGACUGGACAAAAUGUUCCUCAACAACAGCACCAGCAGACACACGUCGGGAGACGGACCCGGCUCCAAAACCGCAGACAAGGAGGAGAAACACAGGAAAUAAACAAAAACAGAAAAACUACAAGCAAAAAAACUACUACUGCUACAAAAAAGCCAACUAAAACAGACAAAAACAAAAAAAACUACCAAAAAAAAAAACAAAAAAAAAAAAACUAACAUCUGAAUCAUAAAUCCUUUAUAUUCUAGCUUUAAACGUUGCAUUACUUUCUGGGGGAGAGAAGACAGUUAAAGAAGAAGAAAAAAGAUCAAGCAUAUGACGAGAAAGAAAGCGCAAAACUGCUCAUAGUCUUAGCAAGGAUGCCUUUUCUCAUCUGAACUCUACGUACAUUUAGCUUCUCAGUCCAGCACUCAAUAAAGAGUCUGCACCAAUAAAAAAAUAUAUAUACCUUUUUUUUUUUUUUUUUACUCGUGGGACCAGAUGUAUUCGUCAUUCGACCAAGACACGUUUGAAGAUGGAGAUAUUAAAGUUCUGACCAUCCAGCUCCCCCCCCCCCACCCCCCAAGUCCAAUCGCUUGAGGAUUUGCCACCUGCUCAAGGCUCCAGAAGUCACGUGUUUCUGUGCCUGGGGGGUAUGACGUCACUUUACAAAAUAAAUCCUUUUUUGGUCGGGAUCAUUUUAUUUUCGGUUUGUUUGUGUCGCGAUUUGCCUUCAUGCAAAAAAAAAAAGCCCUCGUCACCCGCGUGUUUGCUUUGGGGAGCGGCCAAAAUAGCGCCGUUCACUUAAUGUACUGGCAUUCUUCCAAGUCGUCUGGCUCCCGCGGUUUCCUGUGUUCCACGAAGUUCAGUUAAAUUAAAUAUAUCCACAAAACACACGCGGCCAUCCCGGUAGAUAAAGAAAAUAGGAUGAUGGCAAGGGAUGGCCACAAAUUGUGCACAUCAUAUAGAAAGCAUAUUUCUGAUAAAUUGUUCAGUUUAUUUAUAACUAAGCGCAAUUUCGUUUCAAGCGGCGUCGCGGUUAUCCUCGUAGCGGGUGAAGUUAUAUCUUGGCAUAACUGUGCACGUGGAAACUUUCAAAGGCACUGUUACGCAGAACAGCGUUUAGUCAGAGAGCACGAGAUCCAAUACGACACUUAGUAUUUCACAUGAACAUAUAAACUAGCCUGUAGUUUUACGAGAACAGAAUGCGUCCAAGAGUCUGUAGCUAUAUCUAACGCGUGUUACUUGAAUUUGUAUUUGCUUUAUUCACGAAUUCUAUGCAAUCUCCUUGCAUCUUAAUUAUCGUUUAUGGGGUGUAAUAAAUUUAACCGCAGAAAUUAAAGCCAUAGCCAUGCCUCCGGACAGAACACUGUACAAUGUCAGUUAAAAAAACAGCGGACAAAAAACAUUAAUUAAUUCUAAAUUUUCAUUUCGUUUCGCAUUACGUCCAUAUAGCUCUUUUCAUGCAGGCAAUAUAAGGCUUUGCUUAAAAAACAAUUUGUAAAACCUGUCUCCCGAAUUGUUUUCGAAGAAAUACAUGACUGUAAAAAAAACUUUCUAAAACUCUGCUGACCGACGCGUAUACCUUUUACACUGCUGACACCGAGGCGAUGCACUGUAUUUAGGCCACUACAUGCAUAUGCCCAUUAAUCAUUAUGGUACAAUGACCACUACGUCGCGGGACUACGUUAUUGACACUUUCACUAACCUGUUUUAACCCACUUCGUUUAAUUUAACCAAAAUUUAGAAGUUUUUGAAAUGCUAUAAACUACAGCCCUUAAUUCUUCGUAUAAUGUUUCGGUCAAAUCCCUUUGGUCUUGGACACAAUCCCUCCCGACCCACACAUUUCAUAUAGGCAUACAUUUCGUGUUUAAAGCACAUCAGGAAAACAACCUAAAUUAAGAACUUAAUAUUUUUAAUUGUUACAAGUGUUUUUGGGUUGUUUCCUACGUCACAGCAAAGCCAGAGUGUGCACUCACCUGGGUUUUUUAAAAAUAAAUUCUGGUUUGGCGAUACCGGUCUUUUUUUAAUACUUAACAGAUAUUAACCACACACAAGCAAAAGAAACACAUUAACCGGAAUGAUCGCUAAACCGCUGCACCAAAGUCACGCGACUGGAGAAAACAAUGCAUUUAGUCUAAACCGCAGGCUAAACAAUAGUCAUUUGUACUUAUUUGAUGUCGUUUCAUUUCAUCCAUUUUUUCUCCAAUAUACUCAUUUAUUGUUUAUCGGUGCGGGUUUCAGAUGUAGGGACUGAAGUAUAAAAUUAAAUGAUUUGAUGAUUGGAGAGUAGUUCGUCGAGCAUAACAACAUUCGCGUCGAUUCCCCAUUAAUCCACUUAACCGUUGCAGGUUUAGUGCAAUAGCUUUUAUGAUUUAUUUAUUUAUUUAUUUAUUGCUGUAAGUUUUCUUUCCCAAUCUGUGAGCCCCGGAGCGUGGGCGCGGACCUGCACGAGACGGUUUAUCGAGGCACGAGGAAAUCCUCCCUGAAUGGCUUUAUGCUGAGAUUUACAGACACGCGCGUCAAUAAUUUCGUUUUCCCUUACAGUAUUAUGAUUAGAAUUAUAUUAUUAUUUUAUUUAAGCGUUCUCCAAAUUAUAACCCUUCGAAAAAAAUUAAGGUGUUUUGAGUUUACUGAAGUCAAUUUCCCAAAAAGCAUGUGCUAGCCUACUGCUCGCAUAAAUCCAUAUGCGAUUCGUUUUUAUUACUUUGAUAAAAUGGCAGAGACGCACAAUGUACGUUUAGACAACAAUAAAAAUUCUCGCGAAUUAAAAUAUGAAGCGUUUGAAAUAUCCCAUUCAACAAACGGUGACAUAAAUUUGACCUACUUUGAUAUGUAGCCAGGCAGAUACAGAACUUGCCACACGUAUACAGACUUGGAUUUUAAAAAAUGAUAAUACAAACCACACUUAUGCCAGAAUAUAUCCCUUCAAUAAAUGUCAUUUUAAUGACUUUGUGAACUUCAACAUCUGUCAAAGCAGACCUUCGUUUGUGAGAGGCUGAUAUUUAUGUUUGUAUAUAUUUAUUUAUGCCUAAUUUAAUGGGAGUUUGUAAAUAUGGUGAGCGAACAGUUCGGGUUAUUUAUCUGUGUACCUCUGUGAGUGGGUGAAAACGCUUGACUUUAGAUAGCAUCUUGUAUUUUUCUGUUCUAUAGACAAGUUGUUAUGGUGAUGGGUAGAAAUUGGUUCUUGUCCAGUGAUUUCAUUUAUAUAUAAAUAUAUAUAAAAUAAACUUUGUGUUUUAUUGUA